AUGGUAGCCGGCGUCGGGUUUGCAAUUGUCUCCAUCCUCACUGUGCUUGUAUGGCUCCGGCAUCUUGCUUCGGAUAUCAGAAUCAGGAAGGCUGGUGGUGUCCGGGCCCCGAUCCUGGCGGGUAACUUGCUGUCUGCGUCCAAGUUGUACUACGAGAUCGGCAAGAAUCAAUACAAUAACAGCCUCGUCGAUUGGUGCACGGCUCAGCUGGAUAGCCUGCCGCCUGGGAAAAGGACAUUUGCCGAGUUCAGUUUGACGGGAUCCAAGCGAGUCCUCAUCACCAGAGAUCCGGAGCAGAUCAAGGCGGUUCUGGCAGCCAACGUCUCCAGCUUCGGCCAUGGACCCAUGUGGCACAAGCUAUGGCGACCGUUUCUGGGAGACGGCAUCUUUGCUGUAGAUGGGCAGCUUUGGCAGGACAGCCGCGCCAUGAUCAGAUCCAUGUUUCUCAGGGACAGGCUGCGCAAUCUUUUCAUCUUUGAUGCUUGCACCGCCAAGUUGCUAUCCAAAAUUCCUUCUGCUGGAGCAACCAUCGACCUCAAGGACCUCUUCUACCGCUGGUCGAUGGACACGACGACAGACUUUCUACUUGGAGAGAAUGUGAACAGCUUAGAUUUCCCCGACAAUGGCGUUUUCAAGGCCAUGAAUGUUGCACAGCGGAUACAAAUGUUUAUAUUUGUCCUCAAUCCAAUUGCGCCGUUAAUUCCAAAAGGUGACUAUCAUCGAGCCAUUAGGAGGAUAGAGGAGUUUAUUGAGCCGGCCAUCACGCGAACCCUAGCCAUCCCCCAGGCUCAACUUGAAGAGCUCUCCACAUCGGACAUGGAAUUCUCGUUUUUACAUAGUAUCGCCCGCUUCACCAGGGAUCGUAAAGUAAUCCGUGAUCAGAUCAUGUCCGUGCUUCUUGCUGGGAGAGAUACGACCGCGGCAACUCUAUCGUGGGCAAUGUACGAGUUGUCCAACUACCCCAAGCUCUGGGCCAGGCUGCGCAAGGAAGUCCUCAGAGAAAUAGGCAGCCAUGCAACACCGAUGUACGAGGCACUCAAAGACCUAACAUAUGUCAAAAACAUCCUCAACGAGACUCUUCGACUGCAUCCAGCCGCCCCCCUCAACAUGCGCCAAGUACUCGAAACGACAACCAUCCCAGGCCGGCCAGGCGAGCCGGGCAUUGUCCUGCUCAAGGGAGACAGUGUAACGAUUAACACGCUCGGGAUGCAUGCGUUUGCAGAUUUGUACCCGCCCAUCUCCGAUAAGUUUGCGGAUCCCAGGAUAUUCAGCCCCGAGAGAUGGGAGCAUUGGACGCCCAAGCCUUGGACAUAUGCUCCGUUCUCUGGCGGACCGAGGAUAUGCGCUGGGCAGAACUUUGCUCUGACAGAAAUGGCGUUUUGCUUGGUCCGCCUAGCCCAGCAAUUUGAAAGCAUCGAGUAUCGCGGAGAUUGGGCAGCUCAAAGGCUGCAGGCAGACAUCAUCGGAACACCCGCGUUGGGAGUCCACAUGGCGUUAUACAGGCCCGGUGAGAAGCCAGAUUUGCGAUUCAAACAUCAUGUCAAUUAG